CGCAAAUCAGACUAUUAAUUGUUAGAUGUGACUAUAUAGAAUUAAUUAAUUGAAGAGUAUGUGUGACUGACUCGCCCAGAAGGUAUAGGAGGUGCUGGAGGAACCCAGAUAUGCCCAGAAAUUAGGCAAUAUCAGGUGGCUGGAGCGCUAACCUCCAUAUGGUAUGGCUAAAACCACCCUUGAAUCUGACACCUCUCCCUGUCACCAUAUGCGCUAUGACCUAUUUGCCUUUCUCUUUGCUUUCUGGAUAAUGGUGCCUGGCGAGCCAAGAAGGGAUGCCAUGUUUCUGUUCCUGUUCCUGGAUUUGAUGUUGACGUUGGAGGGGAGCAAAAAGUUGAGUUGGGAUGUCAUGGUACACGUCGCGGUUGACUCAUUCAUCAAUCAUCAAACUCUCGGCAGGCAAUUGGGAGAUGAUGAGAUGAGCAACAAACUGUUCCGAGAACCCGAGCAGAGCAAGGUCGUUCCCGUGUUUCAAAAACCGGCCAUUUGCCGUGGUACGCAGCGGAUUGGUGAGAUUUUGGACAUUAAACCUGCCACCAGACUGCCGUGGCCUUUCUCACUGGCUGCUGGAUGGAAGUAUGGAAGCAAGCAGAGAAGAGGUGCUGAGAGCCUGUGACGGAAGAGGCUGGGUUUCCUCGCUGUCAAGCGGCCAAGCCCAGAUUGCCAAAGGCCGCUGCCCGAUCGUACGGUACUUGCGUAAG